UGAUCCUCCUCCUGUCUCCGCCCUCAUCGGACCCUCACGACCUCAGAACCUCCAUCACUGUUGGGUUGGAUUAUAAGGUUCCGCCCACAGAGAUCCAACAGAAAAAGAAUUUCUUCUCAUUUUAUGGACCGAGACUCCAGUUUUCCUCAGAACGGAGAUUUUAUCUUCAUCUCCCUGAAGAAUGAAGCGGAGGAUCUCCGUCCAUUCAUCAUGAAGCGUUCUGAAGCUCCAUGAGGCGCUGCAGGAAGCGGGCACGCGGGAUCUGACGACCAGCCUCACCUGAGGGGCUCCGUGAAGGUGAGCGCGCGCGCGCGUGCUCCGCCGUGACAGCAGCGGAUCACACACCUGAUAACGGGAACUGGACAUCCCCUCCCGGGGGGGCGGGGGUUCCUCCAGGUGUUUGCUGCCUUUACCUGCUCGCGCUUCUUCUCUCAGCUGCAGGAUGUUAUCUCGCCUCCGAGCGCUGAUGUGGGCGGACUGGGUCUGGUUCCCUGAAGGCCACAGCUGGGAUGAACUCAAGGAUCACGACGGGAACGUCUUCCCCAAAGUCCAGGACCUCUGGGCCUCCGUAGCCGUCGCUCUGUCCUUCCUGGUCGUGAGAUGGAUAUUUGAACGGAUAGUAGGAACUCCUCUGGCUUCUCUGCUCGGCGUGAGCCUCAAGCCCCGCCUCUCAGCUCCUCCCAAUCCCACCCUGGAGUCUCACUUCCGCCAAAACUCCAAGUAUCCCACUCAGAGCUCCGUAGAGAGUUUGAGCAGACAGACGGGCUGUUCAGUACGACAGGUCCAGAGGUGGUUCCAGAGGAGGAGGAACCAGGAGCGACCCAGCAAGCUCACCAAGUUCCAGGAGGCCAGUUGGAGGUUUACCUUUUACCUUUUUGCCUUCUAUGGCGGCCUGGCGGUCCUCGUUGAUAAACCGUGGUUCCGAGACAGCAGUAGGAUGUGGGAAAACUUCCCCAAAAUGCCUCUGCUGACCUCUCAGUACUGGUACUACAUGAUCCAGCUGGGCUUCUAUAUGUCUCUGCUGCUCAGCGUCGUGUCGGACGUCAAACGGAAGGACUUUUGGGAGCAGAUCGUCCACCAUGUGGUCACCAUAGGCCUCCUCAGUGUCUCCUGGGUGGUCAACUACAUCCGGGCCGGGUCUGUGAUCCUGCUGGUGCACGACGCCUCCGACUAUAUAAUGGAGUUGGCCAAAAUGUUCAACUAUGCUGGAUGGAAAAGAACCUGCAACUUCCUCUUCGUCGUGUUCGCUGCCGUCUUCAUCGUCACCCGCCUCAUCGUCUUCCCCGUCUGGCUCCUCUUCAUGGCGAUGACGCUCCCUUUGACCCGCUACACCCUUUUCCUCGGCUUCUUCCUCUUUGGCGUGAUGCUGCUGAUGCUGCAGAUUCUGCAUGUCAUCUGGGCGGGGUUCAUCCUGCGCAUGGUCAUCAAGCUCCUGCAGGGCAACGACAAAUUGGAGGACGAGCGGAGCGAUAACGAGGAGACGGAGUCGGACGAAGACAAUGAGGGCCACGAAAAGCUGAAGAACGGUCACGUGAAGGACGGUCACGUGAAGAACGGUCACGUGAAGAACGGUCACGUGAAGGACGGUCACGUGAAGAACGGUCACGCUCAGGUCCUCAACCAUCGCUCCAAAACGGACUGAUGGCGAAGCGGCGCUGAAGCGUUUCUAUCUUCCUCUGCAUCCGCCGGCGCCAUGUCCAAACCUUCCUGUUCCUGAACGGGAACGUUUGAGGAGGUUCAGAGAACUUGACGACGUCACACAUGUAUGUGAUCCUGGUGUGGAAACCAGCAGCUGCUCCGAGCGGCCAUGUUUUCUCUGAUUUAGUUUCAGUGAAAUUCCACUGAAUCAUCAGAGAAUAAAAAAUAACGUUUUUAGGAGCCAGAAAGCUCAACCCUUCCAUCUGUGAACCAAAUUGACAGAUUUGUAUUGGUUCUUAUGUUGGAUGGUUUUAUUUUCCUGCAUCUUUUGUUUGUGUCGGAACAUUUUUACUUUUGGAAACAAAGCGUCUGUACGUUAGUCAGAAACGCUUCAGGGUUUCCCGCCUUUCCUUCUCUGAACUUAAAGGUUUGAUUCUUAGUUGUGAUGUUGGAUCCCGCCGGUAGUUUGGAAUCAUUUAAAAGUUUUAAAUUGCCUUUUCUUGGCAGAUUUUUUUGGUUAAUUUAAAAACUUGUGUUUAAAAAAAUAAAAAGAACGG